CCAGGAUCGAAGCGAUUCGGGUGGGGUGAGGAUCUCGAGUGCGGGGAACCACGCGACGGGGUGCUCCACGAGCACCCCCGGGUUCGCAACCAGUCAUCAUCACGGUACCGGUACUUCCUCCGCCGGGUCCGGAGCCGGGAGUACGUCGUCGAGUGCAAGUACUGGGUUCGGUGCCGGCGUCGGUGGGUCGAGCUCCAGCCGACGGAAGCAGGGCGCCAUCAUCGAGAGCAUGCAGCACCACGGACGGGGUGUCUAUUCUGGCACCUUCUCAGAAUACAUGCUCACCUGGGGGUGAUGCCUACCUCGUUCUUAUCGCUCUUUGUCUCCCCAUUGAAGGAUACGAAGCACUGGUGUGAUGGAGCGGUCGUCGGGACGUUGAAUCCGGCGUUGCAGGACAAGCAGGGGCGUCCCCGGAGGGACAUCUCGACGAUCAUACACAUCUUGAACGACCUCCUGUGCGCGACGCCGCAUUAUUCGCCGGGGAGGCAGCAGGGUUCGGCGGCGGCGGCGUCGCUGGCGACGGCGGCGGCGACGCCUGCGGCGACGGUGGCCGCGACGCCGGCGUCGAUGGGGGUCGUGAGGCCGCCCACUCCUCCGCCUCCCCUUCCCACUACCUCAGUCGAGAAGAGCUGUAAAGUCGGAGUCGGAGAAGACAUGGAGCUGGAGAACGCGGUGAUCCGUCACAAGGUGGAGCAGCUGCGACUGGUGUUGGAGGAGCGUCGGGCGCGGCGGAAGGCGCGGCGGGAGCAGCGAGCGCCGUACCCGACCUCCACGUCCCUCCCCGCCUCCGCCCUCUUCCCGGACCCGGGCGACGCGAGCGGGAAGGGGAGCGGGGGGGGAGGGGGGGGGAGCCAGGGGACGCUCACGUCGACGGCGACGUGGACGGCGACGUCGGAGGCGGCCGUGAAGGACCAGAACGGGCAGCCCGAGGCGGAGGCGGUCGAGUACGAGCUCAAGGAACCCGUGUUAAGUGGAAGGAUUGAAGAUACGCUGCGUAAAUUCUUUGUUUCCUGUCCUCCGGAAUCCGAGGGAAUGCAGGCCUUGAGCGGAGACUUGGAAUUUGGGGAGCAACAGAGAUUUGAGGCCGAGCUGCAGUCUUUAUCCCAGGGAUAUUCCAAACUUGGUCUCGGAAGCUUUUAUACCGGUGAUGGCAGUGUUCAAGUGGAUUGGCUCUCUCUUGUGCACUCUUCAUGGGAAGUCUUGAUGAGGUUUGCCAGUGCCCAAAAGACUUAUGGAGAACUCGAGGACAAGCACCAUAGAAUUGCAUAUCAGCUGCGUGAUAGUCAGGAACAAAACCGGCAGAUGUUGCAGGAAGUUGAUGCCCUAGAACGGAAGCUAGUGGCUUGCAAGGAGCAGCUGAGACAAAAAGAGGAGCUCCUUAAACAGUGCCAAAAGUGCUUGAAACAUGAGAGGGAAGAUUUCAGGAAGAGGAAGGCACUGUUUGAGCACCAGGAGAAGCAAAUACAGCAUCGAGUGAAGAAGCUGAGCUUGGAAAAGGACAAAAUCGAUCGUCAUCGUGGGGAGUUGUUGUGCCAUAAGCCACAAAUAAACAAAGGCAGCAUGCAGCUUUUAAACCCCCUUUCUCGAAAUGAAUAUCGUCGUCCUCAGUGGAAGACUCCAUCAUCUUCUGAGAGGAACGAGCAGGAGUUGAGGCAGCAUGUACGAGAGAAGCUGGAGAAUCGCUACUUGGGUCUGAGGCAGGAGAAUGCUGAGAUGAGGAAGCUCCUCUUCCACUUCUACUCUGAUCUCGCUUCCCUGCACAAGGGUCCCAAAUGCCAGUCUGCUUUGUCUCUGGUGGAUUCUGUGAAGGGGGAAGGCAGGAUGAUGAAGGAAGUCUGCUUUGGACUGUCGUGGGAUGCAAGUGCAUCACUCAUUGCAUCAAAGCUGAAUGAGAUCUUUGGAGAGCUUCGUUUGAGGUUGCAUCAAGUCUCAACCAAGAGUCCAAGUUCUCCUCCAAAUAUCACCAAAGAAAAAAUUGAUGCCCAGACCAGCCCUAGGGAAAAAGCCCUUUGCAUGGACGAUAUGAAUGAGGCCUUCUUGCAGAUGUUUGGUAUGCAUUGUCGCAUGCAUUCCCUCCAAGAGGUGUUGGAGGCUCCAUCCUCUCUCAGAAAUCCCAGUGACCCCUUGUUUUUUGCUGGGAACCCAUCUCUUAGUCCAUGCAUUUCUUCAUCUAGUCUUAGCUAUGAUGCUACCACUCCUUCACAGCCCUCAGCAUCAUCUCGAUUGCCUGAUGGGAGUAUCCUCCCAUCCAAGUACUUCAGCAGGAUGUCUGCACCUUCCCCUUCCCCAGAUUUGUUGGAGUCUAGUGAUACUACAUUCUCUCUGUCAGUAUAUGAAACAGCUGAAGGCUCAGAGGACAGCUCCUUUCAAGCUGCUUCCUUCUUCCAACAAACUUCUGAUAGAGGUGAAGCUGUGGAAAGGAGGGCUGGCAUCAGCCAGGAACCUGAGAUGCAUGAAGCUGUGACAGAAUACAGGCACAGGAUCCAGGGCUUUCCUGGUUCUGUGCAUGUGCGGGUGCAUACUUCAGAGGCUUCUGGAUUUUCAGCACCUGUUCCUGAAAAACCCUACUCUCCUGCUGCUGGAAAAAAAUCCAAGGAUUACAUCAAUGACUUCUCAGAAUUUCUGAAUCGCAAACUUGAGGAGCAAUCUCACGGUGAGUAUACUGGGAAGGAUUCGAAUCUCUAUAAGAAGGCCACUGGUGGUCAUUCAGCUUCAUCAUCCAUCAAUGACACACCUUAUCCAAGCAGUAGUGGAGAGGAGACUCAAUACACCUACUAGUCAAACUCAUGCCAUGUCUGAGGUAUGAGUGGGGAGAAUGAUAUAUCUGCUCACAUAUCAUGUGCAAGGCAACAAACUCACAUUCUUGGCU